UCCAUGGUUUCAAAGCCACAACUGAAGGCAUUAUCAAAACCAUCCUUUACCCAGACAAAACCAUCCUCUAACCCAUUACAACAACCAAUUCCGCCCACUCUUACAGGCACAACACAAAGUAGAUGGUAUAAAGGACCUACGUUUCCCAAUCUGACUGAAAUUGCAACACAAAAAGCGUCAACACCGAAUCCACACCAGCCUACUAUGCAGCCUGUGUUGCAGCCUUUCAAAGCUACCUUGCAGCCUUCUUUGCAGCCUUUCAAAGCUUCCCAACAGCCUCAAACAGCUACCAAUCAGCCUCAAAAAACUACCCAUCAGCUUCACAAAGCUACACAACAGCCUCAAAAAGCUACACAACAGCCGGUAUCUUCUUUUACAAGUGUCAAACCACAUUUAGAGAAAAGAGCAUUUGUUGCACCUUUGGGAGCAACAAAACAUGUGAUGUCACAAUCUCCUACACCACCAGACACCAUGGCAAUGAAAAAGAGAACCGGGAAGCAAGAAGGUCAGUUGCCUCCAACAUACAUGCAUGUGAGUGAGAAUGCAUUUCAACCUCUGCGAUCUCCUCCAUCCAAUCAGGUUGAGAGUGAAGUUAUGCCAAACUACAACUGGGACGAAUUUGAAGAAUCGGCUUCUGAGAGUGAAAAUGAAUUUGAUCAAGGAGAAGGAAGUGAUACUGCUGUGAAGAAAGCAACACUUCGACAUCGAAUCAUUAUUCCAAAUUGGCCAGAAUCGAGGGAGUUUGAUGAGAAGGUGGAGGCUAUAGCUAUAGAUGCUGAUGGAAUACGACAUCUGGUAAAGGGACCAGUUCUGCCUCGAGACGUUUGGCAUGAUGCAAAGGGGUUCAGAUACAUUGUCAAGCUCAAUGAAUUCAACCAACCUAUUCGAAAAGGUGGGAAGAUCCUUGUGAGCUUCCUUGGAGAUAUUGCAAAAAAUGAUUCACUUUGUCCAGUGGGAGUCCCAAGUUGGCGUGCUGUGAACAAUCAGUUAAAAACUAAUGUUGUUACAAUGAUUCGGAAACAUUUUGUGUUACCUGAUGGACCUCUAGUUAACAAGGCACUAGUGAUGCGUAUUGACAAACCAUGGAACAAUCAUCGAUACAAAUUGAAGAGGGAUUUUUUCGAUCCAGUGAAUAAAUCUCGAGAAGAGAACUAUGCCAACGUGCCUGAUGGAGUGUCCACUAGGAGUUGGACGGAAUUGGUAGAUUAUUGGCUUUUACCAGAGGCCAUGGAAAAAUCUGAAAUGGGAAAAAAUGCUCGAGCUUUACAAGGCAAUAAGCACAACAGUGGUGCUACAAGCUUUGCUAAUCGAAGAGUUGAUAUGAAAGAGAAGAAAGGAGUGUUUAGCGAAUUGGCAUUUUUCAAAUCAGUUUACGCCAAAGAAGAUGGAAGCUUUAAAGAGGGCACACUUCCUCAUCAAUUUGUGGAGGAUGCCAACAAAAAGGUCCAAGAAAAUCUUGCGAGUUCCUCUUCUUCAAAGCCCGUAAUUGAAAUUGAGAAUGCAGUCUUUAAUGAGCUCAUGUAUAAAGGUGAAGUACCUAAACGUCCUCUGAAUUAUGGAUUUGGAGUGAAGCAAAGCGACAUCUUUGGAGUGGAAGGUUUGCUGAGGAAAGAAGGGUCAAGCUAUGUUAACAACAAUGCUAUGGAAGUGGAGAACAUGAAAGGUGAAAUAUCAGUUGUCAAGAAGCAAAAUGAGGACCUUGCGCAACAAAAUCAAGUUCUAAACACCAAGUUUGAAGAAACAACACAAUCAUUUAAAAUGAUUGCUUCUUUUUUGGGACAAGUUUUGAAGGAAGUACGCAAAGGGAAUGUUUCAUCGAACCUUUUAGAUGGUGCGGAAUCAGCAAUAAAUAUGAUUACUGAUGAUUCUGGUGGCAAUGGUGACAACCAGGCCGAGAAAUGAGACUUUGACACUAUUGCCAAAUGCAAGAUUAUUGAUGAUUCAAGUGGUAAUAGUAAAUGUAGAUCAAGAGAUGAACAAGUUAUCUUGAAGCUAAGCUAGCAUAACGAUAUGUUUACUUGUUCGUAGUCAGGAAGUUGUUUUUAUUUAGUUUUGGACUAUCUUGUAG